GGCACCCGCUGCGUCUCGGGGCCGGGACCCCUGCCGAGCCGCCUUCGCCGCCACCUCUCCGGGAGAGCUGCCGCGCUCCUCUUAGGCACCAGCCGCCGAGAGCGCCGCGCCCGGGGAGCUGCCAGCUUCGGAGAGGCGCCGCCCGCAAGGACACCUCUCCGUCCCGACUGCUCCGCAACUCCCGGCCCUCGCCGAGCUCCACGCGAGCCAGGAGUCCGGACCUCUCGGCGCGCAGCGCGGCGGCCGGAGCUGUCCCCCCGCUGUCCCCCUCUCGGAGCCAACUCCGUCUCGGACCUGGGACUCUGGACUCUUUGAUCCGCAGCUACUUCUCACCUCGGGGCUGCGCUGUCUCCCCGCUAGCCUUCCCGUUGUCCUCCACCGCUCAGGACGGGGGUGCCACGAUGUCCCGCUGCUGCGCAGGGCCCCGGGCCUCCCUCGACGUGUGACCCUAGCCUGGUCCCCCUGCUUGGCCAUCCGCCCUCUCCUUGGAGACCCCCGGCCCGGCCUCCGGGGGAAGAGGAAGAAGACGACGACGAGGCCGAGGGGGGGAUGUCCGGCUCCAAAAGCGUGAGCCCCCCGGGCUACGCUGCACAGACAGCGGCGUCGCCGGCGCCCCGGGGAGGCCCGGAGCAUCGCGCCGCCUGGGGAGAAGCCGACUCCCGCGCCAACGGCUACCCCCACGCCCCCGGGGGGUCGACCCGAGGCUCCACCAAGAGAUCCGGGGGGGCGGUGACCCCACAGCAGCAGCAACGCCUGGCCAGCCGCUGGCGCGGCGACGACGACGACGACGACCCUCCGCUAAGCGGGGAUGACCCCCUCGCCGGGGGCUUCGGCUUCAGCUUCCGUUCCAAGUCCGCCUGGCAGGAGCGCGGCGGCGACGACGGCGGUCGCGGCAGCCGGCGGCAGCGGCGGGGCGCGGCUGGAGGGGGCAGCACCCGGGCGCCCCCUGCGGGCGGCGGCGGUGGCGGCGGUUCGGCGGCGGCCGCGGCGGCCUCAGGUGGGACGGAGGUGCGCCCCCGCUCGGUGGAGCUGGGCCUGGAGGAGCGUCGGGGCAAAGGCCGGGCGGCCGACGAGUUGGAGCCCGGCCCUGGCGCCGUCGAGGAUGGAGACGGGUCCGGGGAUGGCGGCAGUUCGGUGGCGUCGGGCUCCGGCACCGGCGCGGUGCUGUCGCUGGGCACCUGCUGCCUGGCCUUGCUGCAGAUAUUCCGCUCCAAGAAGUUCCCGUCGGACAAACUGGAGCGGCUGUACCAGCGCUACUUCUUCCGCCUGAACCAGAGCAGCCUCACCAUGCUCAUGGCCGUGCUGGUGCUCGUGUGCCUGGUCAUGCUGGCCUUCCACGCUGCGAGGCCUCCGCUCCAGCUACCCUAUCUGGUCGUGUUGGCAGCUGCCGUGGGCGUGAUCCUCGUCAUGGCCGUGCUCUGCAACCGCGCAGCCUUCCACCAGGACCACAUGGGCCUGGCCUGCUAUGCGCUCAUUGCUGUGGUGCUGGCCGUCCAGGUAGUGGGCUUGUUGCUGCCGCAGCCGCGCAGCGCCUCCGAGGGCAUCUGGUGGACUGUGUUCUUCAUCUAUACCAUCUACACCCUGCUGCCUGUUCGCAUGAGGGCCGCGGUGCUCAGCGGGGUGCUUCUGUCGGCCCUCCACCUGGCCAUCUCUCUGCACACCAACGCCCAGGACCAGUUUCUGCUGAAGCAGCUUGUCUCCAAUGCCCUCAUCUUCUCCUGCACCAACAUCGUGGGUGUCUGCACUCACUACCCGGCUGAGGUCUCCCAGAGACAGGCCUUUCAGGAGACCCGGGAGUGUAUCCAGGCUCGGCUCCACUCGCAGCGGGAGAACCAGCAGCAGGAGCGUCUCCUGCUGUCUGUCCUUCCCCGUCAUGUUGCCAUGGAGAUGAAAGCAGACAUCAACGCCAAGCAGGAGGAUAUGAUGUUCCACAAGAUUUACAUCCAGAAACAUGACAAUGUGAGCAUCCUGUUUGCUGACAUCGAGGGCUUCACCAGCCUGGCAUCCCAGUGUACUGCCCAAGAACUGGUCAUGACCCUCAAUGAGCUCUUCGCCCGCUUUGACAAGUUGGCUGCGGAGAACCACUGUUUACGGAUUAAGAUCCUCGGGGAUUGCUACUACUGCGUCUCCGGGCUGCCUGAAGCCAGGGCUGAUCACGCCCACUGCUGCGUAGAGAUGGGCUUGGACAUGAUCGAGGCCAUCUCGUUGGUCCGGGAGGUGACGGGGGUGAACGUGAACAUGCGUGUGGGAAUCCACAGCGGGAGAGUGCACUGUGGCGUCCUCGGUCUCAGGAAGUGGCAGUUCGACGUGUGGUCCAACGAUGUCACACUGGCCAACCACAUGGAGGCUGGUGGCAAGGCAGGACGCAUCCACAUUACCAAGGCCACGCUCAACUACCUGAAUGGGGACUAUGAGGUGGAGCCGGGCUGUGGUGGCGAGCGCAAUGCCUACCUCAAGGAACACAGCAUUGAGACCUUCCUCAUCCUGCGCUGUACCCAGAAGCGGAAAGAAGAGAAAGCCAUGAUCGCCAAGAUGAACCGCCCCAGAACCAACUCCAUCGGACACAAUCCGCCCCACUGGGGAGCCGAGCGCCCCUUCUACAACCAUUUGGGUGGCAACCAGGUGUCCAAGGAGAUGAAGAGGAUGGGCUUUGAAGACCCUAAGGACAAGAACGCCCAGGAAAGUGCGAACCCUGAGGAUGAAGUGGAUGAGUUCCUGGGCCGCGCCAUCGAUGCCAGGAGCAUCGACAGACUGCGGUCCGAACAUGUCCGCAAGUUCCUCCUGACCUUCAGGGAGCCCGACUUAGAGAAGAAGUACUCCAAGCAGGUGGAUGACCGAUUCGGUGCCUAUGUGGCGUGCGCCUCGCUCGUUUUCCUCUUCAUCUGCUUCGUCCAGAUCACCGUCAUGCCCCACUCCCUGUUCAUGCUGAGUUUCUACCUGUCAUGUUUCCUGCUGCUGGCCUUGGUGGUGUUUGUGUCUGUGAUCUAUGCCUGUGUGAAGCUCUUCCCUCCCCCCCUGCAGAUGCUCUCCCGGAAGAUUGUACGAUCCAAGAUGAACAGCACCCUGGUCGGGGUGUUCACCAUCACGCUGGUGUUCCUCUCAGCUUUUGUCAACAUGUUCAUGUGCAACCCUAAGAACCUGGUGGGCUGCCUGGCAGAGGAGCACAACAUCACCGUGAACCAGGUCAACGCAUGCCACGUGGUGGAAUCGGCCUUCAAUUACAGCCUGGGCGACGAGCAGGGCUUCUGUGGCAGCUCCCGGCCCAACUGCAACUUCCCAGAGUACUUCACUUACAGUGUGCUGCUCAGCCUGCUGGCCUGCUCCGUGUUCCUGCAGAUCAGCUGCAUCCGGAAGCUGGUGCUCAUGUUGGCCAUCGAGUGUAUCUACGUGCUCAUAGUCGAGGUGCCCGGUGUCACGCUCUUCGACAAUGCUGACCUUCUGGUCACCGCCAAUGCCAUAGACUUCAGCAACAAUGGGACCUCCCAAUGCCCCGAGCACGCGACCAAGGUGGCACUGAAGGUGGUGACGCCGAUCAUCAUCUCCGUCUUCGUGCUGGCCCUGUACCUGCAUGCCCAGCAGGUGGAGUCCACUGCUCGCCUGGACUUCCUCUGGAAACUGCAGGCCACGGAGGAGAAGGAGGAGAUGGAGGAGCUGCAGGCCUACAACCGGCGCCUGCUGCACAACAUUCUGCCCAAGGACGUGGCUGCGCACUUCCUGGCCCGAGAGCGGCGCAAUGACGAGCUGUACUACCAGUCCUGCGAGUGCGUGGCCGUCAUGUUCGCCUCCAUCGCCAACUUCUCCGAAUUCUACGUGGAGCUGGAGGCCAACAACGAGGGCGUCGAGUGCCUGCGGCUGCUCAAUGAGAUCAUUGCAGACUUUGAUGAGAUCAUCAGUGAGGAUCGGUUCAGGCAGCUGGAAAAGAUCAAGACCAUAGGUAGCACCUACAUGGCUGCCUCUGGCCUCAACGACUCCACCUAUGACAAGGCAGGCAAGACCCACAUCAAGGCUCUUGCAGACUUCGCCAUGAAGCUGAUGGACCAAAUGAAGUACAUCAAUGAGCACUCCUUCAACAACUUCCAGAUGAAGAUCGGGCUCAACAUUGGACCCGUAGUGGCUGGGGUCAUCGGGGCUCGCAAGCCUCAGUAUGAUAUCUGGGGCAAUACAGUAAAUGUGGCCAGCCGAAUGGACAGCACUGGGGUGCCUGACCGCAUCCAGGUCACCACAGAUAUGUACCAGGUGCUGGCCGCCAACACAUACCAGCUGGAGUGCCGGGGUGUGGUCAAGGUGAAGGGCAAGGGUGAGAUGAUGACCUACUUCCUCAAUGGAGGGCCUCCCCUCAGUUAGCAGAUACCAGCCAGAGGUGCCAGCAUCCUGGCCUCCAGAGGAAUGGAACAGCUUCUUCGUGCACCGUGGGUAGAUGGGGCCUGUGCUCCAGUCUCACAGCUGUGCUGGUAAAAUUUCCACUUUGACUCAGAAGCAACUUCUGCCUUUGCUGGUGGGCAUGGCCUCUGGCCUGGGCCCAGGGUGUCAGCGUCCUGCGGGCACCAAGCUGACCAAAGAUGUUUCCCUUGGCAGAAGAUUCCGCUAGACUCAAGUUGAGCCUUGAGUUUUCUGACAGCUGCUGCUGCUGCUGCAUGGUGGAGGUGCCUUCACUGGCAGUGCCCUGUGGCACACGGUGGCUGGCCUGAGGACAGGUCUUGGCCAUGAUGGGGAGGUAGGCAGGCUCGAAGCUGGCCUGGGGGCCUCAAGGGUCUGCUCUUCCACCGUGGAGAAGCCAUGCCCCCUGGCAGGGCUUUGGGGACAGGAAUGCAGGAACUGGAGAGGUGUGGCCUGUGCCGUCCUCUCCCCACACCUCCAUGCACACAGACGAUACCCUGUAAGGGAAACAGGACUAUUUGACAAGGGGGAGGCAAGAGGACACCAGGCAAGGAGCGGUGGGCUCUGAGCAAAAGAAAAUAUUUAUUAAAUAAAACAAAACAAGUUUUCUGUGCCCUUCUUUAGACCAUGCUAGUUGUAUGCGUGUGAGAGACACACAAGCAAUCGAGGAUGCACUGGGGUAGGGAGGUGGGAACCCCAACUUGUCUUUUUGUAUUUUUUAUUUUGUAUUAUUGAAACCUGGGAGAUCUAAUAUGCCAAAUUCUAUAUUUUGUAAAUUCUCUAUAUUAGGAAACAGCUGUGCCCGGCAGGGCAUUUCUGCUCCUCUGUACUGUACGUGUGUCUGUGUGUGUACUGGUGUGCGUGGGUGUUUUUCUCAUUUUAGACUUGGCAGUUGUUUUUUCUUUUCUUUUCUUUCUUUCUUUCUUUUUUUUUUUUUUUUUUUAGGCACAGCCAGAGCAGGGGUGUGUGUUCUUUGGGGGUACCACACUUUCCAGUUAAGUAGAAGACACAGGGACCAUGCUGGUCCCUCUUCUUCUAACCCCUGCCUGCAUACAUCCCACUUUCCAAGUAAAUCAAUGCCAACAGAACGGAAGCCAAAGGCGCUGCUCCCGUCCCAGGGGGUGUCAGAAGCGUUCUCCACUUACUAGUGCUUUUUCUCCCCAGAGAUGGUGCAUGAGGUCCCCUCCCCUCCCAGAGGAGCUCCUACAGGUUCCUGGGUACUCUGUGGUGGCUGGGGCUGGAGGAAGUCCAGGCUUUUUGGCACACUCAUCUGGCCCAGGUGCAGGGGCCUGUCUUGGAAUGGGUGCCUGUGACCUGGGACGGGGGUGUAGCCUUGCCUUCCACCUGCCGACACAGGAGAGGGAAAAGCCCCAGGGAAAAAUCAGCAAAAAUUUUGUCUAGUUUUGGUGGGAGGGGACAGUUAAAUGUACUGAGGGGAAAAUACUAUUUUUAUAACUCCUAAGAGCAUGUUUGGAAAAUGAUCUACUACCAGAGAUAAACUUGAACAGCGUCCUUACUGUCUGUCCCCAGAUCUUCUCACUGCUUCUCAGGGUGCAGUCAUUCUCCCCUUCAACAGGAGAGUAAAGGUGAGGUGGCAGCUAUGUGCCAGCUCAGUGUUAGUGUGAUGCCUGACUUCACCCCUCCCAUGUUGGAACCCAGUCCCGGGGAAAGGAAGUACGGGCCCAGAGCUGCCGCAGCUGCCUCUGGUCUGUGCCCCGCCACUCCACCCCCGAGUCCUGCGCUGCCCUCACCUCUGGCCCAGGGGGCUGCUUCUCUCGCAUUCUUCUCAGUUCCCAGCCCUCCACAUGUCCCGCCAGUGCCAGUGGGGUUUUGUUUGGCUUCCGGCCAGAGUGCAGUGUGCGUGCUGAGUUUAUACUGUGUUCUCCCGUGGGGCGGGGCCUCGUGGAGGCUCCCCCCCCCGUUCCGGCAGUGACUGGUGACGGCGUGCAGUGCUAGCUCUUCGUUCCCUCUAAGGGGUGUGCACUCUUUUUAUUCCUGCUCUUGCAAAAAUGAUACAAUUAUGAUUUCCCAUGGAAAUUGAAAAGUCUAUUUAAAUAAUUUAACUAUUAAAAACACUUUCACUGGUA